AGAAAAGAUAUAAUUUAUGGGCUCUGAUUAUAAUAGAUAAAGAUGUGGCACUCAGUUGUUUUCCUGUUGUUAUUGAUUGGUGGUGUACCGUUCGUGUUGGGUGGUCUGACUCGUGACUACACUGGGACCCCCUGUGCUGGAGAUGUGAUCUCCCUCACUUGUACAGUGCCUGGGAGUUUGUUGGGAUGGGAUUUUACUGAUCUUAGCAAAUUGAUCGGGUAACUGCAGCAUCUUUCCAACAAGAUCAGUACAUGGUCGCACUAGUCGUGUUCACGUCCACCAGUAUCACCUCCAGUUUGAGUUUCCCUGCGGUGGAGGGGGUCACUAUUGGUUGUUAUGCUCUAGGGCAGCCAAUGACCAGGGAAGAUCUCAUCAUACUGACAGCAGCUACCCCUUCACCACCAACUGCAUUCAGUCACUCAAUUCUUAGUAGCUCAGCAGAUGGAGUUAGUGUAUCUGUUCAGUGGAACCCUCCUGCUGAGACUGAUGGUAGAGAUGACCUCACCUACACAGUGACCAUCUCACCUCCGGCCCAGCUCUCUGCUACUGUCCUCACAUUCACCUCUGUCACUGUGACUGCUCAAUACAAUGUGGACUACACUGUCAGUGUUGUGGCUAUACCAACUGUGCUGGGAACAGUACAACUACUGAGUAUAGAUUUAGUAUUGCCCCUCUAGUGAACUGCAUGGCUCUACUACCGCCGAGGAAUGGCACCAUCAGUGACCAUUCAGUACCAACUAUUCCCGGUACACAAGUGACUUUCCAGUGUGAUGAUGGACUAUUCCCUGAGGGAAUAAUGACUGCUACCUGUCUAGUUACAGGAGAGUGGGACAGGAUCCCUGGGAAUAUUAUCUGUAGAAUUGAUUUUAUUUCAUGUGUCCUGUGUGCCCCUCCACUCAAUGGAAUGUUUCUCAACACACAGAACACUAACCUAAUCGAAGGCUCAGUCAUUGCCUUCCAAUGUGAUUCUGGGUUCUCACUGGUGGGUGCAGCAACUACUACUUGUAACAACUCUGGUCUAUGGGAUCCUGACCCGGCUCUCCAGUGUUAUACGUAUACGCAUGAGUAGUAUAAUAAACUUAGCUGGUACAGUAGAACCUCGAUUAUCCGGCCCUCGAUUAUCCGGAACCUCGAUUAUCCGGCUUGGCAGUUUUCUUUUUAAUCAGAUUACAUAAUUCAGAAAAUGGGCGUGUCCCUCAAAUGCGCAUGCGCGUUGCAGCUGUUACCAUGGAGACAUGCCUGCUUUUCUUUUGCGCAUGCGCAGACAAUCAUGUGGCACUGCUGUUCAUCAAUAAAGUGGGUGGAUCAAGGCGUGGUUUAUCUAUUCGAUUAUCCGGCAUAUUCACUUAUCCAGCCUGCUUCUGGAACCAAGGUGUCCGGAUAAUCGAGGUUCUACUGUACAAUGAUUAUAUAUAUAAUCUAAAGGUUCAAAGUUCAUUGUUUUGGGCACUUUAGAGAGGUUUAUCUUUUGUUCGGGUUUGAGUAGGAAAGUUUAGGGACGGAAGCCGCUCACGAAAACCACGCAUAUUUUGCCCCACGAAAAUUACCAAAUUACCAGCCAUACGGUAUUAGUGCUCUAGUGGUUAUCCCAAUAGUUAUUGCCUAUCUUUCACAGAUAUCAAUCCGAUUGCUGCCACCCUAUCAACUGGUGUAACUGUUGCCAUCGGUGUUACUAUUACUUUCAUUGUGUCUACUAUCCUUGGAUUUCUCACUGGACUCCUAGUGAUGCACACGUUCAUGCGUAAGAAGGCAGUGUACUUCACAAGAUCAACAACAUUAUCUGUUGUACAACCUCCUGCACCAGCUGGUCCUGUUUAUGAGGAGGUGCCACCCAGAGAGAAGAUUGAACUCAACAUUAACCAAGCGUAUGGACCAUUAGGACUGUGAAACUUUGUGCUACUAACAUUUCAUACUAUCUAGCCAGUACAUGACAGAUGUAUGUAUGUAUUAGCAGGAGUAGCUUACAUUAAUGUACUCCUGAUAAUUAUUAGCAUCAAACAUAAUUAUGCGAA